AUGGCCAGCGUGGAUGUAACAGUAGAUGUGAUCAUUGUGAUGCAGACCGUGGUUGGAAUCCUGGGGAAUUUCUCCCUUCUUUGCCAUUAUAUCAUCCUUUACUUCACUAGGUACAGGUUACGGUCCACAGAUGUGAUUCUUCAGCACUUGACUGUGGCCAACGUCUUGACCCUUCUCUCUAAAGGAGUCCCCCAGACCAUAGCAGCGCUUGGGUGGGAACAUUCCCCCAGUGAUUUUGGAUGCAAACUUAUUUUCUUUCUUCACCGAGUGGGGAGGGGAGUGUCCAUGGGGAGCAUCUGCCUCUUGAGUGUCUUUCAGGUGAUCAUGAUCAGCCCCCAGAACUCCAGGUGGGCAGAGCUUAAAGUAAAAGCUCCCAAGUACAUUGUUCCCUCGAUGUGCCUGUGUUGGAUGCUCCAAAUGCUGGUCAACAUCAUUUAUCCUGUACAUAUGUAUGGGAAAUUGAAUGACAAAAACAUCACAAAAAGACAGGAUUUUGGAUACUGUUCUUCUACUAUUCAUCACAAAGCUGGAAAGAUAUUAUUUGCACUGGUGCUGAUAUUCCCUGAUAUUUUAUGUUUGGGGCUCAUGCUCUGGAACAGUGGCUCCAUGGUUUUCCUCCUGUACAGACAUAAUCAGCAGGUCCAACACAUUCGUAGGAACAAUGCCUCCCCUAGAUCCUUGCCUGAGUCCAGAGCUACCAAAACCAUCCUUCUCCUGGUGAGCAGCUUUGUCUAUUUUUACACUCUUUCCUUCACCUUUCAAGUUACUUUGUCCCUUGUUGAACAUCCCAGCCUGUUACUUGUGUACAUGGGUAUAAUCAUGGCUGCGUGGUUCCCAGCUGUCAGCCCCUUUCUGCUCAUGAGCCGUGACUCCACUGUACACAGGCUCUACUUUGCCUGGAUAAGGAAUGCACAUUCCCCUGCUAUGAUGAGAACUAUGUAA